UCUCUAGAGCUGUCGGGUCCAAUACUUCAAGCCUCUCGUGCCGUUCCUCCACGUCCAUAUGCAGAUAUGCUUGUGCAGAGCUUCUUUGAUAACGUCAACCACCAUUAUUGCAUCCUCUAUCAGCCAUCGUUUCAGGCCUCUUACGAAGCCUGGUGGUCCCGCCGGCGGGAUGUCUCAUAUCUCCGCGCCAUGACCACCAUUGCUUUUACCAGCUUGAUCCUGCGUGUGUGCUCAAGUGCAACCCAGUUUCUACCGAAAGAUGGACAAGAUAGGCUAGAGUCCGAGCUUGGGGACUCCGCGACCGACCUCAGCCAGCUCUACCACGAGGCUGCAAAUUCGUUGAGCGACCUUCUCCCUCCAGGCGUGGCAGGGCUUGUCAAUGCUCAGCAGCUCUUUCUUGGGGCAACUUGGCUAAAGGCCGAGGCGAAUUUUGUUGAAUCGUGGCACAUGCUGGCGGAUUCAGUAAGACAGGCACAAGAGAUUGGCAUCGAUACUGAUAAAUCACCCCUCGACAUGACGGGAUACGAGUUAGAUUCACGGAGGCGGCUGUGGUGCUCUCUAGACACUUGGGAUAGUAACCCCGUGCCGUAUCCCAGCACCACUCUCAGCCUCUCGGGCGUUUGCUCGGAUGCCCCUUCAGCAGCCCUCGCAAAGGUUCUCGAGAACCAGCUCGGAAGGGUUCUAUCGGGAACCGAGCCGGGAAAUCGCUCUCUAGAAGAGAGUCUUGCGACAGUCGAAAGCUGGAUGUCUGCCCUUCCGCCCGUGUUCAGCUUGCAUGCCUCUGAAAAGCAAUGGGAUGAAGAUGCUCCCUGGCUGCGGUUCCAGAGGCUGCAGUUACAUUGUGUCGGAUACAUGACCCAGCUGGCCCUCAUGAAGACUGCGUUGGUAGUUGAGCCGCAGCAUCAAAACCACAUUGAGAAGGCUACGGAAAUCGGCCUAUUGGCUAUGAGUGUUUGCGAAGAAUUCUUUGACCUCUGCUUUCCGCAUCAUGCCAAGUAUUUCAUGGUCUCGUUCUGUCCGUUUGACGUUGCGGCGCUUCUCUGCUCGCUACUCCUCCGAGAUACGAACAAGACAUUGUCGAAGAGAGCUGAAAUGGUGAAUGCGGUUGGCUCCGCACUUUCGAUAUCCUUCCGACUGCGAGAUUAUACGAAGAUGGGCGAGCCGACGUGGACCAUACUCAACGCCUUGGUGUCACGACUCCAGCUAGAGUCGGGUGAGACUGAGGCUCUGGGAAAUUCGGCGAGAGCUCGCAACUUGGGGGACGGAGAAUUAGAGUCAAUACACAGGGGCCAAGUGCUACCGAGUGAGGGCGUUGCUGCUCCCGUGAGCCAAUGGCAGGACGAAAAUGUCUUGUUUGGUGGAAGUACCGAGGGAAGUCUUGAUCUAGGGGUCUUGGAUGGAGUAUGGGACUGGCAAAGCCUGUCGAAUGAGUUCAACCUGUAG